CGACAACACCGCCAUAUUCACCCAAACGUGAGACCAAUAACUUACAUUCUUCAUUGCUUCAUUCUCGUUCACUUCUUUUCACUAUUCGCUAUUCAGGUCAUUGCUGCCCUUGCGUUCCAGUACCACAUCCACCCGCCGGUGACUCCCGAACAUAACGAUCGAUACAAACACCACAAGUAAACACCCGCAUUCCGAUGAUCGAUAUGCACAAAUCCAAGGAAAGAGACCGGGCUGCGUCACCGGGACCUACCUUCAUGUCUCCGCAGCAAAUGUCCAGCUACUUCCAAGACCUACGAACCAACCGCCCAACACGUCCCAGCGGCUCCCGACCUCCACCUGCCCACUUCAACACCUGGUCCAGCAGAACCAAUUCGAGAGCCACUGCCGAUUCCAGAGUUACGUCACCGGUCUCUCCAAUCACCACCCAGCCCACGACCGAGGAGCCUGAAGCGCUACCAGAGAGCGUCCCCGAGCAGCCAAAACUUCACAAACGAACCACAUCCAACAUGAGCAUCGACGAAAUACUAGCAGGCACCGCAGGCCGAGCACUAGUCCAGCCCCCGCGAGGACGCCCACAGUCAACAGCCACGCCCGACGCCGAGCGGGAACGAACGCCGAGCGUCCAGUACCGCGAAAGUGGGCGCCGCCAGGUCGAGCGGGAAGAGGCACGGCAACUGCGAUUAGCCCUGGAGGAGUUCGACCUCAAGAAAGAGCAGGGGCUGUACGAUGCGGCUCGCGACGAGGCCGCGGAGCUUGUCUACGAUCACCAGAAUCCGGAUGCACGUGCCGCGAAUCCAGAUGCUCCGUAUCAUUACCCUGGACCUGGGGGAAAGGGGAGCCAUAACAGGAGUCGGAGUCAGGGUCGAAGCGAGCGGGAGCAGGAUUUACAGAGGACGAAUUCGAAAUUGAGGAAACGGCACUCGGUGGGCAGUUCGGCGGGUGGGAGUAGGAGUAGUAGUUUACAUAGCCAUAGAGCUGUGAGCAACACUUCUGUCACUGCGGAUGUGGUGUUUGGGGACUCACCAACCAAAGAGACUAUGGACAUUGAUCAGGCGAUACAAGCUUCCCGGCCCCGGCAGAGCAGCAUUGGCAGGAGGAAGGCCAGUGGGAGCGUUUUCAAGAACCCGGACGAUCAGAUAUACGAGGAGCCGGAAGAGGAGACUCAACCGCCCGUUCAGGCAGUGCCGCAACCCCAGGUCCCAUCGAAGACACCUUUCCAAGCUAGGCGCAACCCAUUCAGUCGAGUGAGGAUCGCUAGAGAGAACAGUCUCAUGCGAGCCAACACGGAUCCUACCGUCGGAAUGAAGAGGUUCGAUCGUUUCGAGAUCCAGAACAAUCCCCCAACGCAAUCUCGUAACGCAGGGUACACGGCUAAUCCUAUCCUCCCACCUAAAGCUGUUGAAGAGGUCAAGCCAGAUUCAGAGAACAACGAGGAGGUGAAAAUGAAGGAUGGCAAGGAAAUCCGAAGUGAUGAUAUCCGUGCAGCAACUGGUUUCCGUUUGAAGGACAGAAGUGCCAAAUUACCCACUCCCACCAUGGUCUCUGAUAGCCCGGGCCGCCCAAUUGUAUCCUUCCAGGAGAAUUGGAAACCAAAGGAGGUGGAGUUGAAAGAGGAGAAGUCCAUUCUACCACAAUCGACCCCUAAACCGGUCGCUGAAGCCGUGUCUGGUCCUCGACGUUUGGCCAAAGCUGCUACCGACCCUGUGAUCCCCACGAUCCAGAGUACGCGGGACUCACUUAGGAAAACUAAUGGCCCACCCGCUGCUGGAAUUCCUCAGAUCAAUGUCACUCCACAACCUGCUGCGCCAUCUACGCGUGUGAACAGGGCGAAUGUUCCCACCAUCAGCGUUUACGAGGAUCCUCCUUCGAGACCCCUCCCUACUCCCGCAGCCUCAAGGAAAGUCAACACUCCACCAUCAGUCGCGCCUCCUGUACCAACAAUAAACGUUUCCCAGGCCCCUCCAGCGCGCUCUAAGCCAUCUCCAGCACCUCCCAUUCCGACGAUCUCUGUCCAAGAGACGCCCCAAAUCUCUGUCACUCCUUCCGGUCGAGGCGCCAGCGUGAAAGCUCCCUCAAUAUCUGUUACCCCCAUUCCCUCUAUCUCCGUUAGCGAUUCACCCUCGCCUCCCGUUCCGACCAUCAACGUGGACGGAGGGAACAACUCGACCCGCCCAUUGCCCAACCCACGCAACUACUCUGCAAAGCCGUUCCCUCGCAACAAUGGCACGAACAACCGCUCCCACUGGACACCCACCAACGUCCGCACAGGAGCCCUCUGCAACCAAUGCGCGCUCCCCAUCUCCGGGCGCAUCGUCUCCGCGGGCGGCGUGCGCUUCCACCCGGAGUGCUUCCUCUGCCACCACUGCGGCGAGCACCUCGAAUGCGUCGCCUUCUACCCCGAACCCGACAACAAGCGGGCGGAGCGCAUCGCGCGCAUCCACGCGCGCCUCCGCGGCGAAGACAUCGAGUUCCUCCCCUCGCACCCGACCCUCGAAGACAUGAUGCACCUGGAGCGCGAAGACGGCGACGAGGGCUUCCGCUUCUUCUGCCACCUCGACUUCCACGAGCUGUUCUCCCCGCGCUGCAAGUCGUGCAAGACGCCCAUCGAGGGCGAGGUCGUCGUCGCGUGCGGCGCAGAGUGGCACGUCGGACACUUCUUUUGCGCGCAGUGCGGCGACCCCUUCGACUCGACUACGCCGUUCGUCGAGAAGGAUGGGUAUGCGUGGUGUGUGGGCUGCCAUACGAAUCGCUACUCGACGAAGUGUAGGAAGUGUAGGAAGCCGGUUGUGGAUACUGUCGUUAAGGCGCUGGGAUCGGAGUGGCAUGUUGGAUGCUUUUGUUGCGUUGAAUGCUCAGGCCCCUUCGAAGAUGGUCGAUACUUCCUCCGCGGCGAGUCUGAAGACCCCGUCUGCGUUCGCUGCGAGGAGCGUCGUCUCAAAGCUUAAAAUACUCUCUGCCGUUCCGAAGUUGCAAUCGUGUAGAGGCUCAGGCUGGAUCCUGAGCUUCACCUUCAGCAUGACUCGAUUCACGGGGCUCCAUCGCAGCAUCCCUCGCCUUCAAUAGCAAUGUUCCCCACGAUCCGAUGCAUUAGUGUGGAAAAAACGUCGAAAGCAUACAUGCGUGCAUACAUGAUAGAUUGGAGUGGUCUUUGUCUGGUUGGUUAUCGGCUGAUUAUGUUCUUGUAUCAUUGUCGUUCUUCUGGUUUCUUGGUCUGUACGUUUGGGCGUUGGCAUUGGCGCUGGUGUUUUAUGGGUUAUUUGUUCAGUUCGGAGUGUGGACGGUGU